AUGUUUACUUGUGACAGAGAAAGCCAAACUUAUUAUUCAACCUUCCUAGCAUACUAUUAUAAAUAUGGAUCAAAAAAAUUAUCUUCUCUAGAAAAAGAAGAAAUCAGAAAAGCAAAAGAAAAACUGUUAACCAAACUACAAGAAGUAGAACAAGAAGUAACAGAAAUAAUAGAAGAAGAAAAAUUAAUCAGAGUAAUUAUAACAAUAGCACCAGAUACUACUCCAGUACUACAUACAAUAAAAAUAAAAGUACCAAGAAGAUAUAGAUUCAUAAGAACAAUAUCUGAAGAAGAAUUAGCAUGCCUAAUAAUUUAUACACAACCAGAAGUAAGAUUUUCAAACUUAAAAUCAUUAUAUGGAAUCAGAAACUUCAAUGUAGAAAUAGCAGAAUAUAUUCAAUGGAGAAAUGAAUUAGAAAUAAAAUUUACUGAAAUGGACAUGGAUAAUAUACUAACUGUAUUUAGAAGAUUCAGUAGAAACCCAAACUUAGGAUAUACCAUGCAACAGCCUGAUUAUGAUUCAGGAGCAGAUUUACCAAAAGCAUACUGGAACAUGGAAUUCUUCAAAAGAAUAAAAUUAGUAAUAUAUACAAAAUUACAUAGAGCAGCUAGAAGACUAUUAACAACAAACCCAAAUGUGAAUUGUUACUUUAGAGUAAUAGCAAACCAAAAUGAAUUAAACAAUCUAAAAGAUUCAACCAAUUACCCAAUAACAGUAGGAGUAAAUUACGCACAAAACAAUUGGCAUAAUAUUGGAUUAGUAGGCAGAAGCCAAUGCACAUACCAAACACCUCAAAUAUCAUUAAGAGAAUUACUAGAUAAUGCAUAUCUAACAGAUGAAAUCCAACUAGAAAGACAAAAAGAUUUUCAAAAUCUUAUAUACAAACCAGAUUAUGGUACAGAAAAUGAUAUAGAUAACUUCAGAAAUAGAUAUGAAGAAACAAUAGCAUUAUCAAACUUCACAUAA